AGGAUGUCUGGAGUCAGAUUGCUGCUGAAUCUCUGUGUUGCUGCAGUAGAAACUGACAGAUGUACAGGAACAAGAUUCUCCACUCUGCUGUCAUCUGUGUGCAGCUACAAAACCUUCCCUUUUGAUGAAGAGAGAGAUGGUUAUGUUGUUCAUUAUCAGAGUGAUUUCCUGCUGGAUCUGUGCUCUCAUGUGAAGAACUAUGAGACUCAAACAGACAGGAGUUUUCUUCCAGCAUUACAGUCAGUUUUCCAGUCGCCUGAUGUCUGGAUCAUAGAUCUCUCAGAGAGAAAGAUCUCCGUCCUCCUGGAAGUGCUGAAGCUCCAGACAGAGAAGAAACCAGUGAAGCUGAGAAGAUGUUCAGAGGAAGAGAGUGACGUGAAGAGUUUCCUUCAGUGUCUGCAGCACAUCUCACGGCUGAGGUUCUGGUUCUUUAAUGAAGAAGGAAGGAUGUCUGGAGUCAGAUUGCUGCUGAAUCUCUGUGUUGCUGCAGUAGAAACUGACAGAUGUACAGGAACAAGAUUCUCCACUCUGCUGUCAUCUGUGUGCAGCUACAAAACCUUCCCUUUUGAUAAAGAGAGAGAUGAUCAGAGUGAUUUCCUGCUGGAUCUGUUCUCUCAUGUGAAGAACUAUGAGACUCAAACAGACAGGAGUUUUCUUCCAGCAUUACAGUCAGUUUUCCAGUCACCUGAUGUCUGGAUCAUAGAUCUCUCAGAGAGAAAGAUCUCCGUCCUCCUGGAAGUGCUGAAGCUCCAGACAGAGAAGAAACCAGUGAAGCUGAGAAGAUGUUCAGAGGAAGAGAGUGACGUGAAGAGUUUCCUUCAGUGUCUGCAGCACAUCUCACAGCUGAGACUGUCCAAAGAGACUGCCCAGAAGCUUGUUGAAUGUGUCUAUGAAGCUCAGGAAGAGGAACUGACUCGAUGCUUCCUGCAGAAAGUGGACGGGGAUCUAACUUCCUGUUCCUUGAACUGGGAAGAGCUUCAUUAUUUCCUGCAGCACAGCAUUCAACAAAUCACUGUGGACUUCAGAAAGAGCAAUAUUCAAUGCAGAAUCAGUGAAAUUCUGCCAUUCCUGAACAGGAUUCAGUUUAAACGGAUGAGCUCUAGCUUCAUGCUGUGUGUGAUCAGAGAGGUCUAUGAGUCUGGCUCUGCUGGAUUUGUGUCCAGUCUGUUGAGUUCAGUGGAGAACUACAUUAACCUGCAGAGCAGAGAUCUGGACUCUGUUCACUGUGCGUCGCUGCGCUUCACACUGCAGCACUGCACUGCAGCUUCACUCAAUCUACAGUGGACCUCCGUACCAGAGGAAGAGCUGCAGAGCAUUCUGCCUCUCUUCACACACCUCUCCCACCUCAGUGUUGACAGGCUGCUGUUACUGAAGAUGCUUCACUGCUGCAGUGUCUCUGAUGUCCAGCAGGAAGCAGCAGCUGUUCUGCUCUCUGUCCUUCAGCACAAGCUGGACUUCUCCUGCCGCUCUGCUCUGGAUCUGACAACAAACACAGACUCAGAGCCUCUACAUCUGACCGCUGAUGACUGCCAUGUGACAUCCAGAGUCAUUCAGAGAGCUCAUUCAGACACAAAGACACGGCUGAUUCUGCAGGACUGUGAGAUUCAUACAGCUGGAAUGGAUCAGCUGUUCCCAGUGUUACACUCAGUUCAACUCUGCUGUGAUAAACCUCUGCUGCUUCAGUUUCUGGCUCAUGUGAGGACUGAGGGUGCCCCGUCUCUCUCUCAAGCUCUGGGUGAAGAGCUGGAUCUCAGUCAGACCCAGCUGGAUCCGCAGGUCUGUAGAGGUCUGGAGCUGAUUCUGGAGUAUUCUGAAGGACUGACAGAACUGGAUCUGAGUCAGUGCCAUCUCACCGAUCACAGUCUGGAUCUGCUGCUCCCAAACCUCCACAAAGCUCAAAUCAUUGAUUUCAGUGGCAAUAGCAUCACUGACGCUGGGGCUGAGAAAAUCUACAGGAUCGUCACUCAUAACAGUAACAUAAAGACAGUAAGGCUCUUCAGCAACAGAAUUGAAUCCAGAGAGCUCUUCUGCUCAGACUCCCGAUUUGAGAUCUGGUGAUGCCAGUAAACUCUCUCUGGAAUCAGCAAACAGGUGAAAUAACCAGUGGGAAAUAAUGAGGUAACAGGUGUAAAAAGCUUUAAGGAAAAUCUG